AAACAAAACGGAAUUUUCAGAAGGUUAAGGUUCACUCAAACACGUGUUGUUGGAAUCGUCUUGCAGCAUAGGAGAAAAUGGCAGGGAAGAGUUUAGCUGACAAAAUAAAUGCCUUGAUUACGGCGAAGCCGGAUUUUGGCUCAGAUGAAGAACCCGAAGAGACGAAAGCGAAGGUGGUGGAAUAUUUCGACGAGAACGAUGCCUCGGAAGAUGAGUUGCGGCACUCCAAAAUUCGCAGACAAAAUAUUGAUACCUUGGACAAGGUGGAUGAAAGAUACGCUGGUAAGAAAAUUUCAAGGAAGGAUAUAUACAGCGAUGAAGAUGAUAUGAGUGAAGAUAUAGAGAGCAAAAGUUCUGGGGAAGAUGUAGAAGAUGAAGAUGUAGAAGAUGAAGAAGUAGAAGAUGAAGAAGUAGAAGAUGAAGAGAUGGAACAAAGGGGGAAUGAAUCAGAUGACAGCGAUGAAGUAGACUCGCAACAGGAAUCUGAAGACGCUGAGAGUAUGUCUGAUACAGAGCGGGAUGAUAAUAAUACAGAUGUGAACAAUCUGCUGGAUAAACAAAAGGACUCUACUAUUAAAACCAUGUCAGAAAUAAAUAUUAGGGCAGAGAUAGAGAAGGGCAAUUGCAUCAGGAAUCAGUUCAAGUUUUGGGAAAUCUUGGAGAUGCGAAUAAAGCUGCAAAAGUGUGUUACAAUUAGUAAUCAAAUGCCACAGUAUGACAAACAUAAAAAACUCAUAUCAGAUACAGACUUUGUGAAGAAGAUCAACGAAACUAAAACAAAUCUAGUACUGACGUUAGAUAACAUGUUGCACCUGAGAGAUCUUUUGUUAAAACAAUAUCCUGAAACGAAAAAUCUAUGCGCCACUCCCAAGAAGAGAAAAGCCGACAAAGACGAGAAUAUAAACAUGAAUGAUUCAAUAGAUGAAGAAAUAUCUUCCGACAUCGAGGAUGCAUUAGAAAAUGGAAAGAAAUUGUCUAAUGAUGAAGAAGUGGAAAUGACUGAAGAACCAGUGCCCCGAAAACGUCUCAAAUAUAAUGAUUACGAAAAAGUUUUACAAGAGAAUCAUAAUUCUUACAAAGAAUAUAGAGAUUCUGUUAUAAAGAAGUGGAAUGACAAGACGCGGAUUGCUACAGGUUCGCUGACUAAAAGCUCAGGUCAAACUACGCUGAAACAAAUUGAAUUUGCCAUGAGUGACAUAAACAAGCUACGGAAGAAAACUCAGUUAAAACGCUCCGAGUAUAAUAUUGUUGGUAAAUCUUUGUCAAAUGAAGAUGAUGACGGUAGAAGAAUCCAAGAGUAUGAUCCGGAAAUUUAUGAUGACGAUGAUUUCUAUCAUCAGCUUUUGAGGGACCUGAUAGAGUAUAAAUCGUCGGACGUGACGGACCCUGUACAACUCAGUAAACAAUGGAUCCAAUUGCAAAAUAUGCGUAAAAAGAUGAAGACGAAAAUCGAUACUCGCGCGACGAAGGGCCGUAGAGUGCGAUACAAUGUUCACAAUAAAUUAGUCAAUUUUAUGGCACCCAUCACAGUGUAUGACACAUGGACAGAUAGUGCAAAGAACGAAUUAUACAAUUCAUUGUUCGGUAAAAUAAAAUCGACGGAGGAACAAAUAAAGUAGUAAUUAUGGAAAUAUAAAUUAUUAUAAGUGUAUAAUUUUUACCUUUGUAAUAUACAAGAAUUUAUGAUGUAAAUAUCGACACACAUAUGUACAUUUCCCAAUUUAUUCUCGUGAUGUAAUAAAAAAUCUCUAAUUGA